AUGAAUAACAAGAAUUGGAAUGACCGGGCCGACAAGGACUUAUUCUUCACCAUUCUGUCCGUUAAGAACAUAGGAGUCAUUAGCGGGUCAGAAUGGGUCACAAUCGGUAACUAUAUGCGGAGAAUGGGAUAUGGGUUUACAAACGAAGGUUGCCGCCAACACUUCCAAGGCCUCAGACGAGCCCAGAACAAGGCUGAGCAGGAUGAAGACGGAAACGAGACAGCCAAGAAGGUCGACCCGACCCUGAACCCCAUCACCCGGAGACCAGGGCCCGGUAGGGGCAGGCCGCGCAAGUCGACGGGCAGUGAGGUUUCGCCAUCCAUCCAAACCAUCACAAGUGGCCUCCAGGUAGUUACCGCGAUUCCAGGUACCACGGACAGCUUGUCCCCCUCGACCCAGCUCACGGCCGCUGCCUCGACCCCAGGGCACCAGCACCAGCAGCACCAGCAGCACCAGCCGCCGCCGACACCGCAGGACAUCGGCAUCGACCCUCACGAGCAACAUCAACAGCUGCCGCCCCAGUACAAUGUCCACUCUACGCCCCGCUUCCACCAUCAGCACCCGCAGCUAGAAUCUCACAACACUCACUACUCGCCACAGCCACCGCCAGGUCAGCCGCUCCAGCAUUUCCAGUCGCCGCAGUCGACACCUCAGCAACACCAGCAACACCAGCAGCAGCAACACGUGUUCCACCACUCCCCUGAUUCAGCGGCCGAGCAGCAGCAUCGCCGGGACUCCUCCACACAACAUCUGUCGCCAGGACAGCAGCCUCCUGAUGCAGAGACUGCGGCGGCGGCAGCGGUGGCAGCAGCAGUUGUAUCAUCGCACGAACCGACGCCGGUGAACGACUCGGUCGCUCCAGAACCGCUCAACCUGGAAGAGGAAGACGGCGAGGGUGAGGAGGAGGAUCCCGAGGGCCCGCCAGCUAAGAGGCAGCGGUUAGAUGAGGCGGAAUUUGGGCAGCACGACCCGUUGGAGGAUGAUCCGGUACUGGCUUUGGCCAAUGCAAAUAACGGGACGGGUGGGCCGGAGUCGUAUCACGCCGAGUUCGACUAUGCAGAAGCAUAG